GGGAAGCGGCUCACAGGCGCGGAGGAUGGGCGAACGCGUGACAGAUUCCACGUACGUCCGCUGCCUGAGCUACGGGCUCGUGAGGCGGCUGGCAGAGUUCAUCGACCCGCAGGAAGGGUGGAAGAAACUUGCGGUGGAUAUAACCAACCCAUCCGGUGAAAGCAGAUACAGCCAAGUGCAUAUAAGGAGAUUUGAGGCAUUUGUGCAAAUGGGAAAGAGCCCCACCUGUGAAUUGCUUUAUGACUGGGGAACCACAAACUGUACAGUUGCUGAUCUUGUGGAUCUGCUGAUUAGGAAUCAGUUCCUAGCACCAGCAAGCCUUUUGCUUCCAGAAGCUGUAAGGAUGCCACAAGAAGUUACAUUACCUCUUUCUUCACAGGAAACCUUGCCUAUACAUGAGAAACAACUACCUGUACAGGAAAAAGAAGUGGCAUCUGUAAAGCCUGUUUUAGCUCAGAGUCCUGAGAAGCAGCAUUCAGAUUCUUACUAUGCAAGUGAAGAAAACAGCCGCUCACAGUCCAGUAACACAGAUUUCCAGAAUUUUUUGUUUCAUGACUUGGAAAACAUUACAAAUAAUUUUGAUGCCCGACCAGAAUCAGCUGGAGGUAAUAAACUGGGAGAAGGUGGCUUUGGCAUUGUGUUCAAAGGCUACAUCAAUGGCAAAAACGUGGCUGUCAAGAAGCUCAUUGCUAUGGUCGAUGUUAGUGUUCAGGACUUGAAACAGCAGUUUGAGCAAGAAAUAAACAUAAUGGCAAAGUGUCAGCAUGAAAAUUUAGUAGAAUUACUUGGUUUCUCAAGUGAUGGUGCUCAGCCAUGUCUGGUGUAUGAAUAUAUGCCCAAUGGUUCAUUGCUUGACAGACUUGCUUGUCUGGAUGAAACUCCACCAAUUCCUUGGAAUAUGAGGUGUAAAAUUGUUCAAGGUACAGCAAAUGGCAUCAACUUUUUGCAUGAAAAUAAUCAUAUUCACAGAGAUAUCAAAAGUGCAAAUAUUUUAUUAACUGAUACAUAUGUACCCAAAAUUUCUGACUUUGGCCUUGCAAGAGCAUCUGUAACAUUCACAAAGACAAUCAUGACUGAAAGAAUUGUUGGAACAGCAGCAUAUAUGGCACCUGAAGCACUGAGAGGAGAGAUAACACCUAAAUCGGAUAUCUUCAGUUUUGGAGUAGUCUUACUAGAAAUAAUAACGGGUCUUCCUCCAGUAGAUGAAAACCGGGAGCCACAGUUGCUGUUAAAUAUAAAAGAUGAAAUUGAGGAUGAAGAAGCAAAUAUUGAGGAUUAUGUUGAUGAAAAGAUGAGUGACUGGGAUGUACCUUCAAUUCAUAAAAUGUAUUCAAUUGCUGAACGGUGUCUGAAUGACAAAAAGACGAGAAGGCCAGACAUUAAGAUGAUCCAACAACAGCUCCAAGAGAUAAAAACUUGAUAACGUGUUUCUUCUGAUACAUCAACGUUUCUGUAAUGGAGACACCAGUGCCAGUAGUUAGUAUUUAGUGCAACACUAUCAGUGGUUCUGCUUUCCAGAACUGUCUGGACACAUGUAAGGUGAGCUGUUGGCCUGUCAGCAGCUCUUUCACAUAGCCUUAGUCACUGGGCCCUUAACAUGAGAAAAAUCUUUCUUGUGUUAACAAAUUGCAGUUCUGGUAUAUCAUCUUGUCCUGCAGCUUUUAAAAUGCAUUUGCAUAUUAUAAUCUAUUUGAUUGUUUUUAUUUUCAAAUAUCUAGUACGUCUGCUACAAAGGCAUAUGACUGUAACUAGGAAGAAUGUUUUUUCUGCAAAUUGCUUUCUUGAUCAGGUGUACUAGACCUUUGUCUACUGAAGACAAAACCAUUUAAUAGCUAUAAUGGUAAUAAAUGUUGUCUAUUUGGGAAAUGACAAUAGUAUUAUCCAUUUAAAACAAGCUUCUACUUAAUAUUUCAGCUUGAGAAGUUCAUAUUAGUGUGAAUGGUCUGAUACUGUUAGUGAAUGUGAUUAUUAUCAAAAGGUCUUUUUGGUGUUAGUUUUAGUCAAAUAAAUACUGCAAGACAUUU